AUGUCCUCCAGCCUGUCCGCAUUCUAUCAAUCCUCACUGACCUUCUGGAGCCACCUGUUCCAUCUGCUGCUGCAGUUCGUCCACUUGCAGUUCAACUGCUGGAAUCGCCACACUUCAAAGGAACAACGGCCGGAGGAACCCACCUGCCAAAUGGAGGCCUUUGUGGAGGAGCAGCGGAGGCGGGUGCAGCGGAAGGCCGAGGAGUACGCCAAGGUGGAGCUACUGCAUCGCCUGCUCGUCCGGCAGCAACUGCAGGAACUGGAGCAGCGGCGACUCAUCCGAUUGGCCCUCGCCCGCCGGCGUCUCGACUACUCGAGUUAG